AUGAAUUGGAAUAAAGGUGGACCUGGUACUAAGAGAGGCUUUGGUUUUGGUGGAUUUGCCAUAACACCUGGAAAGAAAGAGGAGCCUAAGCUCUCUCAACAGUCUCAUAGUGCUUUUGGAACAGCUGGUUCUUCUGCUGCAUUUGCAAAAUCUGGACCCCCUCAGCUGCCUUCUUUCUACAAAAUUGGGUCAAAGCGAGCAAAUUUUGAUGAAGAGAAUGCGUACUUUGAGGAUGAAGAGGAAGAUUCCAGCAAUGUCGAAUUGCCGUACAUUCCCGCAGAGAAUUCCCCCACUCGCCAGCAGUUUCAUUCCAAAUCGGCAGAUUCUGACAGCGAUGACGAUCCUCUGGAGGCAUUCAUGGCUGAAGUGGAGGAUCAAGCUGCUCGAGACAUGAAGAGGCUUGAAGAUAAAGACAAAGAAAAAAAGAACGUUAAGGGUAUUCGAGAUGACAUUGAAGAGGAAGAUGACCAAGAAGCUUAUUUUCGCUACAUGGCUGAAAACCCCACUGCUGGUGUGGUCCAAGAAGAGGAAGAGGAUAACCUGGAGUAUGAUAGUGAUGGGAAUCCAAUUGCACCGUCCAAAAAAAUCAUUGAUCCUCUUCCACCCAUUGACCAUUCAGAGAUUGAAUAUCCACCGUUUGAGAAAAAUUUCUAUGACGAGCAUGAGGAGAUCACCAGUCUCACCCCGCAGCAAGUAGUGGAGUUACGUCAUAAACUAAAUCUCCGGGUCUCUGGUGCUGCUCCUCCGAGGCCUGGCAGUAGUUUUGCUCAUUUUGGGUUUGAUGAGCAACUUAUGCAUCAAAUUAGGAAAUCUGAAUAUACCCAGCCCACUCCUAUACAAUGCCAGGGUGUUCCGGUUGCACUAAGUGGUAGAGAUAUGAUUGGCAUAGCGAAGACUGGAAGUGGAAAAACAGCAGCUUUCAUCUGGCCGAUGUUGAUUCACAUCAUGGAUCAAAAGGAGCUGGAACCGGGGGAUGGUCCCAUUGCAGUGAUCGUGUGCCCGACCAGAGAGCUUUGCCAACAGAUCCAUUCUGAAUGUAAGCGCUUUGGUAAGGCAUAUAAUCUGCGCUCCGUAGCUGUGUAUGGAGGAGGAAGCAUGUGGGAGCAAGCCAAGGCCCUGCAGGAGGGGGCAGAGAUCGUUGUCUGCACACCAGGUCGUUUAAUUGAUCAUGUGAAAAAGAAAGCUACAAACCUUCAAAGAGUGACUUACCUUGUGUUUGAUGAAGCUGACAGAAUGUUUGAUAUGGGUUUCGAGUAUCAGGUCAGAUCCAUUGCAAGCCACGUGCGUCCUGACAGACAGACCCUCUUGUUCAGUGCCACUUUCCGUAAGAAGAUUGAGAAGUUGGCUCGGGAUAUUCUGAUCGACCCAAUUCGAGUUGUGCAGGGAGACAUUGGAGAGGCAAAUGAAGAUGUUACUCAAAUUGUGGAGAUUUUCCCCUCUGGCCCUAGCAAAUGGAACUGGCUGACUCGACGCCUCGUGGAGUUCACAUCUUCUGGGAGCGUUCUCCUGUUUGUCACCAAGAAGGCAAAUGCAGAAGAGCUGGCCAAUAACCUCAAGCAGGAGGACCAUAAUCUGGGGCUGCUUCAUGGUGACAUGGACCAGAGCGAGAGGAAUAAAGUCAUUUCAGAAUUUAAGAAGAAGGGGAUCCCCAUACUGGUAGCUACUGAUGUGGCAGCUCGUGGGUUAGAUAUUCCUUCCAUUAAGACCGUGAUCAAUUACGAUGUGGCUCGGGACAUAGAUACGCACACCCAUAGAAUCGGCCGUACUGGCAGAGCAGGCGAGAAGGGAGUUGCCUACACUCUGCUGACUCCCAAAGACAGUAACUUUGCUGGUGAUCUCGUCAGAAAUCUGGAAGGCGCUAAUCAACAUGUUUCCAAAGAGCUGUUGGAUCUAGCAAUGCAGAACCCGUGGUUCCGGAAAUCACGUUUUAAAGGAGGAAAAGGCAAGAAGCUGAAUAUUGGCGGUGGUGGCUUAGGAUACCGUGAACGUCCAGGUCUGGGAUCAGAAAAUUCUGACCGUGGAAACAACAACAGCGUGAUGAGUAACUACGAGGCGUACAAGCCAUCCACCGGGGCGAUGGGAGACAGACUUACGGCAAUGAAAGCAGCUUUUCAGUCCCAGUAUAAGAGCCACUUUGUUGCUGCAAGUUUAAAUAAUCAAAAGACUGGUAGCUCCGCUGCUGGUGCUAGCGGCUGGACCAGCGCUGGGAGCUUGAACUCAGUACCGACGAGUUCAGCACAGCAAAACGCUGCCAAUCCUGAUGGCCCCAUUGCAGCCGCCACAGCAGCAAAGCGUGUUCCGGGUUUCACCAGCACGGGGAAUUUGAGCAGCAUUCCCACCUUUCCCAGUGUCGGAGUACAGGGCUUCAACAACACAAAUCCCAGCGCCAACACUCGAGAAGGCAGCGGCAGCCGCAGCACCAGAGAACGAUACAACGACAACCGGAACAGUCGCCACAAUGAGAUCCCACGCCGCGGAGAGGGUGGUGGUCGCUACAAUGAUGUGCAACGCCACGGGGAAGGAGGCGGUCGCCACAGUGACGCUUCUUACCGCCACGGAGAGGGCCGACACGGCGACAACCAUCGCCAUGGUGAAAGCCGGCACUUCGCUGAUGUGGGCAGUGGCAAUCGCAAUAACGUGCACGCUUUUAGCAACGAAGGUAGGAACAACGAGAACAGGAAUGGUGAGAACAGGAAAGAUGCCAACAGCCGAGACAACAAGACAGAUGGUUUUGCUGUCCCAGAACCCCCAAAACGUAAGAAGAGCCGGUGGGACAGUUAAAAGCUGGUGUUUCACAGCCUGGAAUCUCUGCAGGUAGUGUUGUCUUUUUCCAGAGGAUUUCUUGGGGUUUUUGGUAACUGGUUGAUGAGCAGCUGGGGGAGGAGAAGGAAACCAUGCAAACCACCCGUGCAAGUCUGGGCCAGUACAUCUGCGGACAGAUUCACUCUAAUGAUGUGUACACACAAUGCUUAGUCAAAGAGAAAUCAUUUUGAUAAAGCUCCCUGGGUUCUGCUUUUAAACAUUCAGUGCUCAAGUGACUCUGCUGGAUUUAAACAGAUCUUCUUGACAAGAAAGAAGCUGUUUCAUGUCCUUGGAACGUUAAGAAACUGUUGUCCAUAGAAGUUUAAGGUAGUGUUUUCUUAACCAGCGUUCACAUUUGAAAAAAAUCAGUCCAUCUAGAGAUGCUCAGGACCCACUGUUAAACAUUGUUAAUCUUUCGGCAAUUUGUUCAAUAUGGUAAGGAAGAACUCUUUUGUUGACACAUGUCAGCACCCACCUCUGUCUUGUUUCUACUGAAAGAAGUAUCGGAAACUGUCAGGUUUUUGUGACAUUGUGAUGUUUUCUUUAUCAGCUGUGCAUUUACUUUCUGCUUGCUCUAGUAAAUGUUUUAUUACUGGGACAAAAA